AUGGGCUCCAACACGUCAAAGCAGAAUCAUAGCAAAAAGUCGGAUCGCAGCUCAAAAAAAAAUAAAAAUGUUUUUGGUGCUGGUGUGCAUGUUGGCCGUGACGGUAAUGUAGACCUGACUGGUCGUAAUAUGAAUUUUUUAGGAAACAAAAUUGUUAACAUGAUUAACAAUGACGAGCUUCACCGAACUGCGACCUCAUUGACAUUAUCUCACAAUAAACUCUAUACUAUUGGGAAGGAAAUUUCUUUGUUGCCCAAUAUUAGAGAAAUAAAUUUGGAGGAUAACAAUUUCGAAAGACUGCCAAAGAUUCUAAGUGUUUUACAUAAGCUCUGGAAGCUUAAUGCUAGCAUGAAUCCUCUGGAUUCCUUUAGCGGUUUUGAUGUGUUGCCAGCGCUAACUGAAUUACGGUCACUUGUGCUGUGCAAGUGCAAUCUCACUCGAGUCCCUACUCCUCUCUUUCAGUGUAAAUUCCUGGAGGAGCUAGACCUUUCUGACAACCCCUCUAUCAACCUCCCUGAAGGUCCUUUCGUGCUUUUGACGAAGUUGACGAUGCUAAAAAUAGCCAACUGCGGUCUGAAAGGGACACUUCUUCCCGAAAACAUCAAAAACAUUACAACUUUGUUGACUCUAGAUAUAUCUGGUAAUGAAUUUAGUGACUUCGAUGAAGACUUUUUUGGUGCAAAUAUCGCUAAAACACUCAUGAGCUUACAUUUGCGAAGUCUGGAUCUUACGUCCAUACCACAAGUUGUGGUGGUGCUUAGGAAUUUGCAGUAUUUAGACCUUGCAUCGAAUCCAAUUACAACAUUGGAUGUGCUUGCCGGACGAUUAGUUAGACGAUUACCUACACCUGUAGGAAUCAAUCACACUUCUCGUGCCUCCGAAAUUCCAAUGGAGCAUGAAAAGGUUUCUCCUUCCAUGUUAAUUCCACAUCGCUUAGAGAAUCAAGGCGCAAAAGAAGACUCCAUUUUAUCCUCCAGAGUAAUCCAUGUGGAUGCAGUCGCGCGAAACUCCACUGAGAAGAUUUCUGAAAUCGAAAGAGAUACUCGGUAUGGGAUGGAUUCGGUUGAAGGGUACGACCGUGGUAGCAUUAGUAGUCGCCUCAGUAUGAGUAAGGUUAGCAAAGCGGGGAUGAUCGCGACCGUCAAGCGACCGAUUUUGAUCAAAAAGCUGUCGCUGCGUAAUUGCGGCCUGCGUUCAGCACCGAAGUACUUUCACAAGCUCACAGAACUCGAAGAGUUGGAUCUUUCUGAAAACUACCACCUGAAUGAUCCCAACAUGACGCUUUUUUCACUUCAAAAUUUAAGGGUAUUGAACAUCGUUGGAUGCCCCUUCGCUGAAAACCGGAGCAAGUCCAAAAAUGAAUGGUUUGACAUCGCAAAGCUUCAAAAUCUUGAAGAAAUUGAGUGGGAAUUGUGGAUGGGGAAUCACAACCUGAGCCCAUAUCGUACUCGUAUUCCUAUCGAAAUUUGUGGCUUACCGUUGAAGCGGAUAAAUCAAAUUUCAUUGCGUAGCGGUCUUUUCGUUGGGGAAACCAUUGAGACAACAAUAAAUCUUCUUCGUGACGGGUACUUCAAGGUGGAUCUUUCUGUGGACGACCAAAUCGUUGAUUCGUACAUGGAAGCGAUGCACAUUUUCACGCGUGCUAGGGAGUUCUUUUUCCCAAAGGAAAUUGUGCUUUCCCCGAAACUAGGUAGAAUAUCCAAGACGAUAAGCGGUAGUGAACUUGGUCAAUGCCACCUGCGCAUAGCCCUUAGUCGGUACAUAUUCUUCUUGUCCAUUCAGGCUGCCAACUACGACGCGGUAUUUAUUCCUCCGCUGGAUGUCAUGAUUAUUCAUUACUCUCAGAUCACUUUGAAUCCGAUGAAGUACCGCACCGACUGUGAGGCCAUUGGAGGACGUAUUCUGGAUUGCAAUUACCGCUCCUUUUUCAAGGAACUGCGCCGAAACCCAGAGACGGCGAUGAAGGCAGUGGCGGCGAGCAAAAUAAUAUGGAACCUAAUGGUUCGCUCAGCGUAUAAAGAGCUCACUUGGCUAAUGUACGAUUUUUGGUCUCGACGCAUGCAAAAUGCGUUUAAUUCGCCGUUAACUUCCUCUCCGCAACGUCCUUCCGGGGCUCAAUCCACGCCAGAUUCAAACCCUGCCAACGAUGCGGAGGAUGAGGAUAUGACGCGGCUGUUAUACCUUUAUGAGAAUCCCGUCAACCAAAGCAGUGAGGCGCUCCUAGCCGACUUCGAUCAGCUUCGAAAAAUAAACACGGCAUCCGACCUCACCAAAAUUAUCGACUCCUCCAUCACCUCGCACUUCUUUGACCAGAGCUCCACUGCCUUCUCGAAAACCAUAGAGGAUUUUUUCCAAAGCAACGAUAACCUGAUCGCGCACCAGUCUCUUUUUUCUCGACUUAGCUGGGAUUGGACACGAUACCUUAAGUAUUUGGCCCUCUAUGCCUAUCGGAUUUCCAUGAGAUCGACGGACCUUUUAACACCGAAGGCGGAGAUAUCUACCGAGAUAAAUGGCAAUUCCUUCCUUUCCAUACGCCCUGAGAAGAGUUCAUCCAUCAUGGGGCCGCACUACGAUACGCUUCAAAAUGUCAGCUUUUCGAAUCCGGACAAGUAUUUGCCCAUACCCCCGCAACAAACCCGUAUCAAUAGUAUGUGUAUUUCUUUAACGCAUCCCAACUCCUCCAUGUACCCAAAGCACCAACAUCAAGGGCUGCCGUUGGGCAUUCAGUCUGCAAUGAAGCGUUUUAAGGUGAAUCCGGUCCCUACGAUCGCCAUUGCGUUAUUGUUGUACGCCCACCGAACGUCCCAUAAUCGCUACUUUCAAACACUAUCACUUUUGGGUAUCGAGAACAUCGAUAUCACAUGGGAAGAGAGCGAGGCUAAUAUUGAACAAACUAAAGCCGCCUGGAAGGCGCUCUACGAGGAGGUCUACGUGACUGAAAUCCAUGACUUUGGUUAUGAAGGCAAUCGGGAAAACUUGGCCUGCUUUUCUAGCAAAGGGAGCUCGGUAAAACCCUUAGAUAUGCGUGAGCUCAACGCCGCUAAUUCUGCUCAUGCCUCAGCACUUCUAAAGGAAUCACCUCAUAACAAUGAGCAUUCCCCUUUCCCCUUAACAAAGCAAGAAAUGACAGAAAUGAGCUUCUACUCCCCACAUGUCAAACCAUCAAACUCCAUCUUAGUGAAGCGCACUAGUAAAAAGACGACACCGAGAAAUAAGAGGGUUCUAUUUUGUACAGGGUUUGAAUUUUAA